AUGACCAACACAGGAUUUUUAUUUUCACUGUUGUUAAUUUUUGUUGUCAUUGUUGUCGCUAUUUUAUACAGUAUCAUUUGGGCAAUUGUCAGUUUUGUUCUUUUCAACAUUGGCCGCUUUUGGGGUGAAGAAAUUUUAGAACGUAUUAUUAUCUUGCUGAAAUUGGAUAAAAAGUUUAGCAGUAACAAAUUUAACAGCAAUAAAACAUGCAAAGUGUGUCGUGGUGAUAAUUGUAAAAGACACAAGCCGUCUGUUAACAAUAGUCAUGUCAAAAUUCCAAAGGAUUUGGACUCUGCGCUCCAAAAUCUACUGGAAAAAGUUUUACAGACUUACGUGUGUACCUGGUACUCAGAUUUCUCAUCAAAUGAGGCAUUUCUCCAGCAACUGCGCCUGACAACAACAAUCGCCAUCAGGAACAUAAUCAGCCGGCUCCUCAAUACUCAAGUGUCCGAGUUAAUUUUCAACAACCUAAUUCCCAUCGCGCUCCAGCAUGCCCAAGACUGGCGUGUCAUGUCAGAGUGCGCUAAAAAAAAAGGCGGUAAGCCUGAAGACUAUGCUCGUGAUUACUUAGGACAUAGAAUACACCCGGCGGCUUACUCGCGUGAUGAAGAAUUGAGUUAUCUCAGAGGUUUAGUUUCUGGAUUAUUGCCUUAUUUAUUACCCAGUACUUAUAUUUCAACAAAUAACAAGGUUUUAUUGCGAGAGAUUCUGGCAAACUGGGUCCUGCUGCCUGCAAUAGACGCACUAGCAGAUCCGGACAAUAUAAACUUCCUGGUGAAACUGGGAACCUCUUACGAAGUACUUCUGCCAGGAGAAAUUGAUUCUGUAAACGUGCCAGUUCUUCAGACGUGGAUUACUCCUGUUAUUGCUAUUGAAACUUCUAACGAUCCGCUGAAACCUUCUUUGGAUCAAGUGCUCAAUGAUCCGCAGCUUCUUUAUUUAUUUAUGCAACAUAUCAAGGAAACUGGACCUAUGACGGAAGAAAUAGAAGAAAAUUUAUACCUCGACGCUCAGAACAUAUACUCAACAUACUUGGACCCAACUGGGAGCGAGUACAUCCACUUGCCUUGGCACAUAACUCAAGGGCUGCAGCAAAUACUGGAAGGCGGGCCAAGUAAAAUACAAGAGCUGCGAACCUCUCGGCCACUGUACCAAGCGCAUCAGGAAGCUCACGCCCUGCUGGAGGCUAUUUGUCUCCCGUCGUUCCACCACAGUUACGAGCUCUACAAGCUGCUCUGUGGAUCUCCGAUCGCAAAUUUGACAUCAAAGUCGUCCUCGCAGACGAGCUUGUCCGGGGCCAGCGGAGUGGGUCAAAAGUUGAGCUACCAGCUCGGAAAAAUCCGAGGAGCUCUCCGCGCAUCGACAGUCGACGGCGCGACAUUCGAGACUCCGGACGUUUUCCAUGCCGAAGAGGUCGACUGUGCACCGCGUACUUACCAGGACGACUCGGCUCUGUACAUCGACAAGGCCAGUGAUAGAGACUUGACCACUUGGAGGGUCACCGUGCCGCAUGUUGAUGGCAAUGGCAGCCACCCGCUUUAUAUGAUCGAGAUCCACAGCUCAGCUGACAACAAACCCUGGAGUGUUUUGCGCAGGGACCAAGAUUUUCACACUCUAAGGUCAAGGUUGCUGGAGUUUCAUGGAGACCGCGAGAUGAAUGACUCUCCGCUGCCCACUCGCAAAAAUCAGUACGUAUCUUUGGCUGCUAAUCGCCAGCGCUACGAAGAUUUUCUUCAGAAAUUACUCGCCAAGCCGACUCUACGUAGCAGCGAACUGCUGUAUAUUUUUCUUACUGUACCUAAUUUUAAGCCUUACUUUAAUAAUUACUCUACGCCGGACAUUGGUGUGCUCUAUCAGAAUGUAGCUCAUAAAUUAAGGAAAGAAAAGGGACAAAAUUUGGAUAAAUUUAUGAAUGUUUUUUUGGCUUCGACGGUUGUUGAAACCGAGCAGGUUAAUUUGGGCAUCGAUCCGAUUAAUGAUAAUAAUUUUGGGGAGCCUACUACUAAAGGAAAGGAUUUAUUGGCAGGGCCUUUUGAGAAUAAUUUAAAUAUUAGUGAUGUUGAUCAACAAAAUUUGCCGUUUAUCGUACCUAAAAAACAUCAUCUUGCUAAAUGUAUCAUCUUCUAUAUCAACCUGCGUCUGGCUGGCAGCUUCGCUAUUGCACUUAAAUUUAGACCCAUUCUGCAGCAAAUAUUUGGACAAAACACUAGCAAAAUUACUGAGCGGCGGCAGAGCGGCGAUGGUUAUCAAAUUGCUGCAUAA